UCGAUAUGCUAGAACCACAACUGAAGCAGCCAAGAUUUCCUCCAUUUUACAACAUGAUUUACCACUGAAAUAUCAUAUAUGAUAUAUGUUAUCACUCAGACGAGUUUAAGGACUUUGUUUUUAUUAAAAAAAAAAGAGUUUGUUGCCUUAAAAUUGGCAGAAGAAACAAAAGUCGCUUUUGUAUAAGGUGAAUUAGUUACAUUUUUGUCUUGACCUAACAAUGUGUGGAUCAUGAUUGUCCUAUGCUUUUGUAUGAGCCGUUUCGCUAUGAUACGAUUACGACUAUCUUUUCUUUCACUUCUAUUAUCGACCUACGUGAGUUCUCGUACCACAAAAGUUCUACCCAUUACAUUACUGAAACACUCCUCGUAUUCAAAAAAACUUAGAUUAAUUGAGACACAACCCGUUGACUCGUAGUCAAGGUUCACCUCAUUAUCAUCAACAACCUUAAAUGCAAAUUUCAUAUUACUAUUUUCUAUUUGAAUUAAUUAAUUGAAGACAACAAUUUUUAUGAUUCUCUGUGUCUUACUACCAUGAAAACACUCUGUCUUCGCCCGCUGCUUGCUCCUAGUUCUUCAUGAUGAGUAACAGUGGCGUAGUUGGUAGCAGAGCUUUUGCAAACAAUUUAACCACAAAGUGCUUUCCCAAGCAACUUCAUUUCCACUCUCGUACUCUUGUUUUCUCUUCAUACUCGUGUUCUGCAACUCUAUCUGUGGAAUCAAAAGUAGAAGAGAAGCAAGUAUUUGAUGGAGAGAAGGCUGCUUUGCUUGUUAGAGAGCUCAGAAACAACUUUGAUACUGGCAAGACAAAGAGUUAUGAAUGGCGGAUUUCACAAUUGAAGGCCAUAGCUAAGAUGUUAGAAGAGAAAGAGAAGGAAAUUGUGGAUGCUCUUAAUAAGGACAUUUCUAAACCUCCACUAGAAGCAUUUAUAACUGAGAUUUUCCAGGCGAAAUCUUCAUGUAAUGAAGCACUUCAAGAACUUAAACAUUGGAUGAAGCCUGAAAAGGUGAGCACUUCAAUCACAGCAUAUCCAUCAUCAGCAGAGAUUGUGUCAGAACCACUAGGAGUUGUGUUGGUCAUAUCAACAUGGAACUUUCCUAUGUUGUUAUCGUUGGAUCCAGUCAUCGGAGCCAUUUCUGCGGGUAACACAGUGGUUUUGAAACCAUCAGAAGUUGCUCCUGCAACAUCUUCCCUGCUUGCUAAUUUGCUAGAAAGUUAUCUAGACAACUCUGCAGUAAGAGUUAUUGAAGGUGCUGUUCCUGAAACAACUGCACUCCUUGAGCAGAAGUGGGAUAAGAUACUUUACACAGGUAGUGCUAGAGUAGGUCGCAUUGUUAUGGCUGCUGCUGCAAAGCAUCUUACUCCAGUGAUUCUGGAGCUUGGAGGAAAGUGCCCUGCUGUUGUUGAUUCGAAUGUCGACUUACAAGUCACUGCUAGGAGGAUAAUAGCUGGAAAGUGGGCAUGCAAUAGCGGACAAGCAUGCAUUUCUGUUGAUCAUAUCAUCACAAGAAAAGACUUUGCUCCAAAGCUUAUAAAUGCUUUAAAAGAAGAACUGGAGAUUUUUUUUGGGAAAAAUCCAAUGGAAUCCAAAGACAUGUCUCGUAUUGUGUCUCCAAUGCAAUUCUCACGACUCGUGAGACUCUUGGAUGAGGAUAAGGUAUCUGACAAAAUUGUUUUAGGAGGUCAGAGGGAUGAGAAGAAAUUAAAGAUUGCUCCAACUAUAUUAUUGGAUGUUCCAGAAGAAGCUAUGGUAAUGCAAGAGGAGAUUUUUGGGCCAAUAAUGCCAAUUAUCACAGUAGACAACAUAGAAGAUAGCUUCAGUAUAAUAAAAUCAAGGCCAAAACCUCUCGCUGCAUAUCUCUUCACAAACAAUGAGCAGCUGAAGAAGGAAUAUGUGGAUAAGAUAUCUUCUGGAGGGAUGCUCAUCAACGACGCUGUCAUACAUGUUGCAACUCGUGGUUUGCCUUUUGGAGGAGUUGAAGAGAGUGGAAUGGGUUGUUACCAUGGAAAGUUCACUUUUGAUAGUUUCAGCCAUAAGAAAUCAGUUUUGUAUAAAAGUUUUGAUGCAGAUCCUUCCAUAAGGUACCCACCAUAUACACCUCAGAAGGAAAAAUUGUUGAGGGCCAUUUUAGGUGGCAAUAUUUUUGACAUAAUUCUUGCUUUAUUUGGAUGGUCUAAAUGAUGAUGUCUCCAAGGGACAUGUAAAUGUAAUGUUCUUGUUCUCCCUAGUCUCUCAUCAUCUCUGAUGGGGUGCCUCAUUCUCUUCUACUUUACACCGGCAAUGUAUUAUUGUACAUGUAUAAUGGAUAAUCAUUUGACUCAUAAAAAAGUAAAAAACUUAUGGAUGUGUGUGUA